GUUUGGGGCCAAAGUAUGGGGAGGAGAGCUAACGCCCUUUCCCUUUUCAUUUCUAGAUACAACAACCCGCCUCUUGUUAGGAGCCAUUGCAGUCCUGCUUUUUGCCAUCCUUGUUGUGAUGAGUAUUCUAGCUUCCAAGGGCUGUAUCAAGUGCGAUGCUCCAUGCCCAGAAGAUUGGCUACUCUAUGGAAGGAAAUGCUAUUUUUUUUCUGAAGAACCAAGAGACUGGAACACAGGGCGCCAGUACUGUCACACCCACGAGGCAUCUCUAACUGUGAUUCAGAGCCAGAAGGAGUUGGAAUUUAUGUUCAAAUUCACCAGGAAGGAACCCUGGAUUGGCCUGAGGAGAGUAGGAGAUGAAUUCCACUGGGUCAAUGGAGAUCCAUUUCACCCAGAAGAGUUCUCUGUCUCAGGACAUGGGGAAUGUGUCUUCGUGGACCCCACAAGACUUGUCACGUCAGAUUGCCUAAUGACCAGGCCCUGGGUAUGCAGUAAGAUGGCAUACACGUGAGGCAGGGGCAUGGCAGUGUGGGAAGCAGGCCAGCACGUGCCUCUCCCUGUGCCUUGGCCCAGUGAUGAGAGGCCCCAGCUCUUACCCCAACACUCACUAUGGAGCCACAGAUCCUGGAAGUUUUUUCUGCCAGCCAUACAGCUGUGAGACAAUAGUAUAUUAUCCCCAGGUGUCAGUCCUGGUCUCCUGAUUCCCUCCUCUGCACAUAUCCUAUUAACUUGCUGUGCCAUCCUAGACAGGAUCUGAAACCUGGCUAUGCCUCUGCCCUCUCCUUUGACUAAGUAGCACACAACCAUUGCUUCCCUCAAGGCCACUUAUGGGCACUAUGUAUGACUGUUGCCUGUAGUGAGGGAUAACAAAGCAAAUGUUUACCAUCAAUAUCAAUAUGCCCUCCACAUAAGCAGUUCCUACAGUUAUUAUAGCCCCCUGAAACCAGGUAGCUCCCCUCCACUGAGAUCUCCUUAUUUUACAUUAAUCCAAGGAGCCCUUCCUGACAUUUGGAGGCACUGAAUUUUACCUUAUUCCACUGGUUUUUAACUUAUUUUUUGUGAACAAAAGUAUUUAUAUUUUUCUUUGAAAAUAUUUAAUUUCCUUGACUCCCUCCCCUUCACCUGUUAUAAACACUGAGAUCCCUUCAGGUGUCCCUUUUCUCCCCACCUCCCUUGCUUUUUGUAUUUUUUGGUUGCAGUCAGGAGCCCUUGGUCUCCCAGGCUGCCCUUCCCAAGGUAGGCUGCAAGACUUUCCUCAAAAGGAUUCAGCUUCUACUGAGUGAGCUGCAAUUGUCCAGUGAUACUUUCCUAACACCUGCUUUGCAGCAUUUUUAUUGCACACAUAGUAGUACUGGUGCUUAUAGAAAAAAAUAAACCACAGCAACAAUGCAA